AUGAGUUCUCACGCCUACGCCAAAGAGCUUCAAAUUGCAAGUCUCGCCGUGCAGCGCGCUGCUCGCCUGACAAAGCGAUUGCUCGACGCUGUCGACAAGGGCACCCUCGAAAAGGGCGAUUCCUCUCCAGUUACAAUUGCCGACUUCGCCGCACAAGCAUCAGUCAUCGCUGCGAUCCAUAACGCAUUCCCAGACGACGAGUUCGUCGGGGAAGAGGACUCGACCGCACUGCGAGCUGACCCCGUCCUCCUCGAACGAACAUGGGAGCUAGCCACAUCCGUUCAUUUGGAUGAUGCGGAGAGUGAAGCUCUCCUCUACACACCGCAAACCCGGGCGGAAAUGCUACAAUUGAUCGAUCUAGGCGCGAAGGGGAAAUGUGGCCGCACCGGUCGUGUCUGGACACUUGACCCGGUCGAUGGCACCGCCACAUUUAUGCGCGGACAGCAGUACGCCGUGUGUCUGGCACUUGUGGAGAAUGGUAUUCAGAAGGUCGGUAUUCUGGGUUGUCCGAAUCUAGAGCUAAGCACUGGUCGUGUAUCGGAGCAACUGGUCGAUCGUGAUGGACACGGUCAACUUCUCUCCGCCGUUCUCGGCCAGGGAGCUACCAUCCGGCCCUUGGGCACUGGUGGCCUCCUGCCUACAACACCCCUUGGCCUUGUACCGCAGAUCACGGAAGGCAGCGAGGUUCGCUUCAUCGAUACGCAGGAGGCUCGCACACAGAACCUACCUCUGCACGCGCAGGUCGCGGCACAGCUGGACUGUCCGUGGCCGAACCCCGUUGACCUGUGGUCUGCGCAGAUGCGGUAUGUUGCUAUCGCGGUCCGUGGUGGAUGCAAUGCGUUUAUCAAGGUGCCGCUUAGUGAUCAAUACCGAUCGAAGAUAUGGGACCAUGCGGGUGGAAUGCUAUUGGUGCAGGAGCUUGGAUGUGUUGUUUCUGAUCUUGAGGGUAGGUCUGUGGACUGCGGACUAGGUCGCAGUUUGACUGGAUGCCAUGGAAUGGUUGUGGCGCCGGCUUCUAUCCAUGGUCGCUUAUUAGAGGCUGUUCGGGUGACACGACAGUCGAUAGCGCAGUAA